CGCACGCAAAUGACGUCAUUGAUCACGUUCCCUCAGCUGUUCCCAUCACAUCGCAGAGGCAGGAAACGAAUUCCUUUGAAAUGUUUUUAUGCUAAUUUCUAUUUAAUUCCGUUGACAUGGCAAUACAGCUUUACCAUUAAGUUGCUUCUAGCCCGGUGGCAGGAUGAACCCUCUCAAAGAUGCCCAGCUGGGGGCCUUCACCUUCUUUGCCUCAGCUCUUCCUCAUGAUGUCUGCGGUAGUAAUGGCCUCCCUCUCACCCCCAACUCCAUCAAAAUCCUGGGACGUUUCCAGGUCCUCAAAACCAUCACUCAUCCCAGACUCUGCCAAUACGUGGACAUGUCCAGAGGGAAACACGAACGACUGAUUGUUGUUGCUGAACACUUUGAAAGCAGCUUAAGUGACUUUCAAAAACAAGGGAAAACCGUCAGCCCAGGGAAGCUGCUGCAGAUAGCCUAUGAGGUCCUCGAAGGUCUGGAAUUUAUGAACAAACAUGGUAUGGUGCACAGAGCCCUCAGUGCACACAAUGUGCUCAUGGACUGCAAGGGAAAUGUCAAGCUGGCAAAGUUUGGCCUUUAUCACAUGACUGAUCAUGGGGCCGAUGUAGAUUUUCCCAUCGGGUACCCAUCGUACCUUGCUCCAGAGGUGAUUGCUCAGGGCUCCUUCCACCCCAGUGACUCUUACCACGAUGAAGCGCCUCUGCCUUCAGGACCCAAAACUGACGUGUGGUCGCUUGGGGUUUUGCUGUUUGAAUUAUGCGCAGGGAGACGACUGCUGCUGAAUAUCGAUAUUAGUGAGAGACUGAAAUUCAUCCUAAGCUUGGGUUGCAUAGACGACAUUGUCACCGUCCUCGCUGAGGAACAUGGUUGCCUGGAUGCCAUCAAGGAGCUGCCUGAAAAUGUCCUUGCGUUAUUAAGGAAAUGCUUGACAUUUCGUCCAUCCAAAAGGCCGACCCCUGCAGACCUGCUGGGAGACCCUGUGUUUAGUGGCGUUUCGGGCCUCUACACGCCCUACAAGAAGCCCGUCAGUCUGUUCUCUUCCUCGCUCCGCUGUGCACAUCUGGAGCUCCCAGAAGACAUCAGGGAACUUUGCAAAGACGACGAUGCAGACUACCUCUCGGAGCGGGCCAUAAAUGAGGUUUACCAUCUGUGGUGUCUGGCUGGGGGAGACCUGGAGAAGGAGCUGACCAACAAGGAGAUUAUUCAGUCCAAGCCUCCAAUCUGCACACUGCCCAAUUUUGUCCUGGAAGACGGAGAAUCAUUCGGCCAGGGAAGGGACCGCAGUUUCUUGCUUGACGACACAACAGUGACCUUGUCUCUGUGCCAACUCCGAAACAGACUGAAGGAUGUAUCAGGUGAAGCCUAUUACCCUCUACUGGAAGACGAGCAGUCCAGUCUGCCCCAGUCCAACAGCAGCAAUGAGCUGUCGACCACCGUCACCCUCCCACUCAUCAUCCGAGAGAGAGACACUGAGUACCAGCUCAUCCGCAUCGUCCUCUUUGACAGGCUGCUCAAGGCCUACCCUUACAAGAAGAACUUGGUGUGGAAAGAGGCCCGAGUGGAUAUUCCCCCUCUUGUUCGAGGCCUGGUGUGGGCAGCACUGCUUGGCAUUGAGGGAGACAUUCAAGCCAAAUACGAAAGCAUUGACAAAGAUACUCCCAUACCAACUGACCGACAGAUUGAGGUCGACAUCCCGCGCUGCCACCAGUACGACGAGCUGCUGUCGUCUCCUCAGGGCCACAUCAAGUUCAGGCGUGUGUUGAAAGCCUGGGUGGUCUCCCACCCGGACCUGGUCUACUGGCAGGGUUUGGAUUCACUGUGUGCCCCAUUCCUGUACUUAAACUUUAAUAAUGAAGCUCUGGCAUAUGCCUGCAUGUCUGCCUUCAUCCCCAAGUACUUGUACAACUUUUUCCUGAAGGACAACUCUCACGUCAUUCAAGAGUACUUGACCGUCUUCUCCCAAAUGAUUGCCUUCCAUGACCCGGAGCUUAGCAACCAUCUAAAUGAGAUUGGCUUCAUACCAGACCUUUACGCUAUUCCAUGGUUCCUGACUAUGUUUACACAUGUGUUUCCACUGCACAAGAUCUUCCACCUGUGGGACACGCUGCUGCUGGGUAACUCUUCUUUCCCCUUCUGUAUCGGCGUGGCCAUAUUGCAGCAGCUCAGGGACCGCCUCCUGGCCAAUGGCUUCAAUGAGUGCAUCCUACUCUUCUCUGACCUUCCAGAAAUUGACAUUGAGCGCUGUGUCCGUGAAUCCAUCAACCUCUUCUGCUGGUCUCCAAAGAGCGCAACGUAUCGACAGCACGCUCAGCCACCAAAGGCCGCUGGCGACAUCGGCUUCGGGAAAGCGGCGACAUACUACUCGUCCGACUACCAGGACAUGCCCAAGACGGACCUGUCUCGGGAGCCGUUGGCGCUGUGCGACCUGAAAGCAGAAGUGUCCCCGAGGAUCUCGGCCGAGGACUUAAUCGACCUCUGUGAGCUGUCGCUGGGCGGACCCGCCAAAAGGACCAAAGCCGGCAAGCCCAAAAUCAUCGCUGUCGACAUCCGCGGUGUGGAAGACUUCAGCAGAGGCCACAUUUCUGGCAGCAUCAACAUUCCCUUCAGCGCAUCGUUCAACCCUGAUGGUGAGCUGGUGCAGUGUCCUGCAACGGGAAUCCUGCAGAACUACAGAGGACGUGUCAUCGUGAUCAUUAGUCACGCCAUGAAAAGUGCAGCUAUGUUUGCAGCACACCUGGUGAAGGUAAAUUUCCAACGGGUCUCUAUCCUGGACGGCGGGAUCAACAAGCUGAAGCCCACUGGACUCCUGACUGUCCCCUCCCCUCAGAUUUGAGCACGCAGCUCAGCAGACUAACAAAAGGGACGAAGGUAUUUGCAUUCUGAGCUAAUAAUGAAGCAAAGAAAGAGAUAUAGACUGUGGUUAUUCACAUGUGAAUUUAACUGCUGCAAAAUGAAAAACGCCAAUAUCGAUAACAUUUGAUUUCAUCGCCAAAUAAUCUAUCAUGAUAUAUAUUUUUUAAUUUUCUGCCUCCAAACGAAUGAUUGAAUCAACCGUUUUUUCUCAAACGACAUCUAUGUCUUGUUGUCGCUUUGCACUGAUAAAUGUAGCUGCCUGUGAAUGUCUACAUAGAUUUCAACCUGUCUGAUCGGAGCCAGUUGAUCUAGAGAACUGUGUGUGGUGUUGUAGCAUCCAUCAUUUACUAUGAACUCAAUGAAUAGAUGUAUGUAAAUGAAUGAGCUUAUUUUUGCUCAUUUUCACCAAAACAGAACAUUAUAAGUCUUGCAGGAACAAAGCGAGCUGUUGUAAUAAUUUGUGUUUUACAAGUGUACAAAAUGAAGUGGCAACUGAGUGAAUGUUUACUUUAGAAAGGAUAAGUGAUUUGGGAAUUUGGUGAUUUAACUUGACCUUGUUGACCUGUUAGUGAAUUGUGUCUAUGUAUUUGAUAUGCCAUAGAAAUUGGUUUUCUAUCAUGUUACAGUUUUUUUCUAAUAAAACUCUCUGACGAAUA